AUGGACGAAGGCGUCGGUGGAGAGGUGAGUUCUAACGGUAGUAGAGGGAAGGGAUAUGUCAAUAGAGACCGAUUUGAAGUCUUGAAGAGGGGGGGAGCAAAACUCGAUAGGGAAUCGAAGCUUUAUUCGGCGACGAUGAAGGUCGCAGAGAUGAAAGCCAUGGAGCUGGUAAUGAAGCAAUGGAGGAGAGGAAAAGGAGGAGAUGCUCUCGUCGAGGUAGGCGAUGGCCGGCUGAGAGAGAGAGUGGGUUCUCAGGGAAGGCGCAGUCAAGCGAACGACGAUGACGAGAACCUCAUUCUUGCUCGGUAA